ACACGAGUGUAUUCCUCAGGCUAUUUUAGGCAUGGACGUCAUCUGUCAAGCAAAAUCAGGUAUGGGCAAGACUGCUGUCUUUGUCAUAGCGACGCUUCAGCAACUGGAGAUAGUUGACGGACAAGUCUCUGUUCUUGUAAUGUGCCAUGCCAGGGAAUUGGCCUAUCAAAUAUAAAAGGAGUAUGAACGAUUCUCCAAGUAUUUUGAUGGAGUCAAGACCUCGAUGUUCUUUGGCAGCAUUAGUGUCAUGAAAGACAAGGAAACUCUCAAGACUAACUGCCCACACAUAGUGGUUGGUACUCCUGGUCGCAUCCUGGCUCUGGUGAGACAGAAGACGCUCAACCUUCACAAUGUGAAGCAUUUCAUAUUGGAUGAGUGUGACAAGAUGCUUGAGCAACUGGACAUGAGAAGGGAUGUCCAGGAAAUCUUCAAAGCCACACCUCACGAGAAGCAAGUCAUGAUGUUCUCUGCAACCUUAGCCGAGGGAAUCUGCCCCGUCUGCAAAAAGUUCAUGAAUAAUGUAAAUCCAUAGUCCCCCAUCACUUCUGUCCUCUACCUUUACACCCACUACUGAGAGAGAAUGUAAUCUAUUACUGGGUUAAUGGACGUGUUCUAGAGCUGUUUUGAAUGAAUAUGGUCCCCCAUCAGAGCCUUAAUACAAAUAGGAUGCUCAGUGCAUUUGUUACUAAAGGGACGCUGUUCUCAAGCAAGACCCUAUUGUCUCCUACUGGAGCUAGUGGACUUGUGAUGGCAGCCUGGUGGUGGUGGUGGUGGUGUUUAUUUGUUUAGUGUAUAGGUGGUGGUAUCU